AUGUUGCUAUAGUGCCACAACAUCUACAGAAGCUCUUCUUCUUCUUCUUCUUCUUCUUCUUCACCUGAGCAGUAAUGUUUCUCCUCUACAGGCGGUCUACUGGUUGAUCACCACACGUAUAUAUAUUUAUAUAUUCUGCUAAACUCGGUAAAAACCUGUUUAAAUUUAAACGCAGGAUGAGACGUUAAGUUCUCCAGCGCGGGAACGGGCGCGUGAGCCCGGGUUCACCCGUGUCCUGCCCUUGUGCUGUGAUCCGGCGCGUGGACAGACACACUGCAUCUCUCUCUCUCUCUCACACACACACACACACACAGGGAGAGAGAGAGAGAGAGAGAGAGAGAGAGAGAGAGAGAGAGGAGGCGGAAACCUCCAUCUGCCCUGCUCGGUGACCGACCCGUCAUCCUCGGGCUCGGGGAAGAUACGGAUCCUGACCGUAUUUCCUUUUUUUUUUGUUUUACUUUCACACCGUAAAUGAAGAGAGACCGAGGGGAUAAUGUCAGGAGAGCGGGAUAAAGACAGAGGGAAUUUAACAUGGAAGAAAUCUAUAGUCUAUAUAUAGGCUAUGCCCCGGACUGCACCACCACCACCACCACAGCCACCUGCCCUCCCGGUACCGGUCAAUGAGAGCCAGCAACAGCUCAGCCUGAAGAGCAAAUCCUCCCUCGUUUUCUCUCUCUCCAGUUUCUCCUUUACCUCCAUCUCCCCUUUUUUUUUCUAUCAUGCUCUCCUCACUUCCAUAUGAUAAAAAACACAGUCAUCUUAUUUUAGCUACACUGCCUUCCUCCUCCUCCUCCUCUUCUUCCUCCUCUUCCUUCUCUCCUGCCCUCCUCUCUUCUGAGUUUUGACUCCCUCUCUUUUCACAAACACACACACUCACACACUCACACACACCGGAAAAUGAAGCGUGGGUCGAGUGUGUUGCAGCCUCCCUCUGAUGCAGCCAAACGACACACACACCCUGCAAACGCACACACAAAGACACACACCGGCUGUGAUGCUCGCUCGCUGACUGUGACCAACACACACGCCGAACACACACCGGACACACACGCCGCAGGUUCAAGUCCCUUCCCAGCAGCCACCUCUCUGUUCAGCCCUGAUGUCAGCACCAAGAUGGCGUCCGACCUCCUCAUCAGACUCUCAGAGGCAACCCAGAAGGCCCAGGUGCAUCCUGGGAGCCGGGUGGAGGCAGAGGUGGAGCCACAGCGACGCGAGGCCCUGCUGGAGGUGCGCGGCGGGCAGCAGGACGAGCCCGGCCUCGCUCUCUCACCGGACGGCCCCGGGGCGAGUCCCGAGCCGCCGUCACUCACACACACGCCUGAUGGCAACGCAACCACCGACACACUGGCCUCAGACCUGCUGAGGAAACUGGCAGAGCGUCAGGAGGUGAACUGCCAUGGCGUCAGGGUCAAAGAAGAAGAAGAGCCGAUGGAAAUUGACACAAUGGUGGUCUCUGACCUCAUCCGUGAUCGACCAAUCACAAAAGAGCCGGCCGCACCUUCCCCCAAGAUGGCGAGCCACCCCCUCCUCGCCAUUAAAACAGAGGACCAGAGCUUCAGUGGCGAAAAGAUGAUGGAGCAGACGCACCCUGGAGCCAAAAUGGCGGAGCAGUGUCUCCUUGGCCUUAAAAUAGAAGACAAGUUUUUUACAGGAGGCUGCCAGUCCGGCUCAAAGACAGGGGACAGCGUCGUCUCCGGAGCCAACAAGUUUCAGUUCAGAUUAAAAAUGGAGGACAGUGGAAUCUCCGGGACCAAGAUGGCAGACCAGCUCCUCUCCGGAGCCAAGAUGGAGGAGCAGUUUCUCUUUAAAGCAAAAAUUGCAGAGCGGCCUUUCUCCGGAGCGAAGAUGAGCAACAGGUUUCUCUCCGGGGUGAAGAUGGAGGACCCGUUUCCUUCUGGGGUCAAGAUGGAGAACCAGCUGCUCUCUGAGGCCAGGAUGGCGGACCAGGUGUUUUCCAGAGCGAAGACGGAGGAGCAGCUUUUCUUCGGAGCCAAGAUGGAAGACCAGUGCCUCAGAGCCGUGCUGUGGCAGGACAUGUCGGUGAACCUGGCGUCCACGCUCCUGCACCAGCUCUCAGAGAGGGUCAGUAAAUCCAACGUUCAGCCAGUGGAGAGGUCGACUCCUCCCAUCAGAAGCAGUCCUGUUUUGAAGGUGAAUGUGGACCCACUCCGUUCCUCGCCCCUGUUGAGCUCCCAGCAACCUCCACAGGAAACUCAAACCAGCAUCAACAGAGAUCAAACCACAGGUUGCUCUUACUUCUACAGGUGUCACGUUUGCGGGUUCGAGACGGAGGGCCGCGCCCUUUUCCAGAGUCACAUGACAGAACACCGCCAAUGGGAGCACGGCUCCUUCUCGCUGCACUGCUGCGUGUGCGACCACUCGACCAAUCAGGAGGCAGAGAUGAGGGCUCACGCCGCCACGCACAUACAGGGCGACACGGGGGUCAGCGGAGACAUGAGAUGCCCCGUCACCCCUCCUGCCACCGCCACCGCUGCCGCCUCCAGCAGCACUCCGGCAGUUGCCAUGGCAACCCAGCCGGAGAAGAGCACCUCUGAGCAUCGCUGCCGCAUCUGCCAGAGGUCGUUUCCAGGGCAACAGGAGCUGCUGGUUCACUUCCAGGGUCAUCGCCAAGGCAACCAGUACCGGUGCGACCGGUGCGGCCACCUGACGCGGACAGCCAACAAGCUGGUGGAGCACGUUCGCGUGCACACGGGCGAGCGGCCGUUCACCUGCGACCUCUGCCCCUACAGCGCCAAGCGGCGGGACAGUCUGCGGCUGCACUGCAAGGUCAAACACGCCGCGCACGUCAACGGGAACGCGGCGGACACGCCCGGCGACGUGCACACGCACCGCUCGUACGUGCACGGAGACAAUCAGCGUUCAAACAAACACGUUCAGCGGCUGCACACACCGCCCUACACACACACUGCUGCACCCUCCUCUUCCUCCUGCUCCUCUCUUCCUCCUCUUCAUCCCUCGCUCUCCGACCGGGCGGGAUGGAGGGAUUUAUCUCCUCUCCUCCCCAUCACGACGCUCAUCUCUCUGAAACCACGCUCUCCUUCUUCACCCUCCUCCUCCACUUCCUCCUCUUCAGCCUCCUCCUCUUCCUCCCCUUCACCCUCCUCCUCCUCCUCUUCUUCCUCCUCCAAACACUCCUUUCUUGGUUACCUUGGUCUGACGACUUCUUUAUAAAAGCUUUUUUCUCCUCUCCUUGUCUGCUCUCCUUGUUUCCUCUCCUCUAUCCUCCUCUCCUCUCUCCUCUCCUUGUCUCCUCUCCUCUCUCCUCCUCUCCUUGUUUCCUCUCCUCUCUCCUCUCCUUGUCUCCUCUCCUUGUCUCCUCUCCUCUCUCCUCUCAUUGUCUCCUCUCUCCUCUCCUCUCUCCUCCUCUCCUUGUUUCCUCUCCUCUCUCCUCCUCUCCUCUCUCCUCCUCUCCUCUCUCCUCUCCUUGUCUCCUCUCCUCUCUCCUCUCCUCUCUCCUCC